AGGCUUCAUGCGUAAACCUGGCUAUAAGUACAGCGGGAGCGUGGUAAAGUGUUUUUCAUGAAAACUCGAACAUGGCUGCGUCUCGUCUGUGUGUUUUUCUGGCUGUUUUAGUGAGCGCAAAGAUGCUGGCUGCACAGCCAAUAUUUGGCACAUUGUGGUGUGACCUGAUGUGCGACGACGAUGAUGAUGAUGACGAUUACUCGGACGGCGACAUAUUCGACUACUUGUUCGACCCUUGUGCCAGCUGCACCACUACCAAACCAGCAAAGACUAAACCGACCACAACGCCACCGGGAAUGCAGCAGCCUUUCAAUCUCGUUAUACCGCCAGCCAAUGGCAUGAACGUGACAAUGACACCCGCGGGCAAUUCGUGGCUCAUGAACUUCAUCCCGUGGCUCAUGCCCGCGCCCCCUAUUACGGCUCCGGGGCCCACCACGGCGGCACCAGCCACCACCGCCGCAGCUACCACAGCAGCAGGCAAUACCACCGAGGCGGCUACUACUGCUAAAGCGUAAAAAAUCUUGAUCAGACAUCAGUAAAAAAAACAAAAAUUACCUGCAUCUCGCGUGCUGCACUGAACAGUGUUCAGAAUAUGUCAAAUAUAAUAAGUAAUAAAUAAUAGGUAGUAGGCGUAGUAGGUUAAUGAGGAGUGUCUUUUCAAAAGGGUUUAUUUCUCUAUGAAAACCAUACAAAAAUGCCAUACCAACCAUACAAGGUUUAUUUUUGUAUGGUUUUCAUAGAAAAAUAAACCCUUUUGAAAAGACACUUCUCUAAUGUAAUAAGUUAUCUGCCUCGCCAUUCGCGCACGAAUAUGUAACUGCAAGGUUAUGGAAUAGAAAACAAUUAGUAUAAAAUAACACUGUUUAUUGUUUGCAUAUUUAGAUAUUUGUUAUGAAAUGUGUUGUACAAAAACCAUUAGUUGUAAUUUUUACUGUAAUCAUUAAGUUGUUAAGUAUAAAAUAAACAAGGUACCUACCUAUUUAGACUGAAA